CCGCGCAUCGCACGGUCGCAACCGAAACCUAGAAACCAACCAUGGCUUCUUUCACCAUGAGCAUUGGGCUCACGGCUCCCGCCGUGUCCUCUCGGGCGGCGUCCCGCGGUGCGUGUUCCCCCUUCGCGAAUCGAGACCAAUACCCUGAACCCUCACCUUUCGCCCGGCUGGUGGCUCCGAGAGGCGCCUACGUCACCCUCCCGUCUCGGCGACGUUCGGGGCGCCCGGACGAUGAAAACGCGCGCGUUCCGCCUCGAAUGAGCGCGGAACGCGACGUUUGCGUGACUGGAGAUGAUGCUGGGGCGUCUUCGCCCCGUUCGUCCCGAGUCCGUCGCGCGCGACCCGGCCGACCCCCGCGGGCCGAGGGGGUGAAAUUCCAACCUCUCGCUUUGCGGUGGAAAAGAAAACCCGCGAGCCCUCGCUCGCCCCGCGCGCCUCGCGCGUCUCGCCGACAUCAAGCGCUGACCGUCGAGAUGUUCCCCCGCCUUUCUAUCCGUUCCUCAGGCACCCGCGUCUCCAUGCGCGCCCCCGUCGUGGGUCGCAAAGUUGAGAAGACAGUCGUCGCGGCGGUGAAGGAUCGCGCCGCCCCCGCCAGGUACGAGGCUGUGAUCCUCAUGAAGCCCGGCGUCGAGGACUCCGUCCGCACGGCCGAGGUGGAGAAGCUCAAGGCCAUGUUCAUGGAGGGUGGCGCCACGGAGUUCGAGGUGACUGACAAGGGCCUGGUGAACAACGCGUACGAGAUCAAGGGCUUCGCGGAUUCCCACCAGUACAUGAUCCACACCCAGUGCCCCCGCGGCACCGCCAAGAAGGUCCAGAACUACCUCGACGAGCCCGUCAUCGGUCAAGAGGAGGUUGUGCUCCGAUACAUGUUCUUCAAGGAGAAGUAAAGAAGGAGAAGGCGAACGGAAGCGAGCGGCGGAGACGGCGGGACUGGGUGAUUACCCAAGAGCGCCGCGACAAAAGCCGCGAGCGGGGAGAGGAGGUUGCGCGCGCGUGAGACAUUAUACACAUAGCUUGUCAGGUGAUAUCGCCGUUUAAUGAAACAACGAAGACAUUUCGUGGG